AUGUCCCUUUUUUCUUUAUUUGGCCUUCUUCUGGAAACAGUUUCUCAAACAGUGGAUAUUCGUUGUUAUUCAUGCACUUCGAUGGAAGCCGAACAAUUAUUAAGUGAUGUAUCGGAUCCAAAUUGGAGAAAAUGGUUAGAAAAUGUUCGCAAUGUUCCGUAUACGGAGAGCUGUAAGGAUUAUUUCCAGUUAGAUCGAGCGAUUCGUUCAGGAGUGAAAAAUCAGAAUUGCGAAGAUGGAGCUUGUAUGAAAAUGUGGUUUCAAGAAGCAAAUGGUGAGUCUCAUGUUUGGCGAAGUUGUAUUCCUCAUGCUCGUGAUCAAAUCAGAAGCGAUUGUACACGGGUGACAACAAGUCAAGGUGAAAUGGAAGUGUGCACUUGUACGGGAAAUCUUUGCAAUCUUUCAACAACCACUCAAUUCCUUUUUCCAUUGAGUACAUUGAUUUUGUAUCUAUUACUCAAG